CUCUUCGUGAAGCUCCCUCGCGUGCAGGAUAGCCUCACUUGUAUUUAACCACAAGGUUUUAUGGCCGGCUCUACUUCUCCAUCCCUAAACGUCUGCUAACUCAAUGUCUAAAUCUGUUGUUGUCUUUGGCGGUGCUGGCUUCUUAGGGAAGCGAAUCUGUCAGGCUUUCUUUAACUCUGGUUACAAUGUCACCUCUAUUUCGUGAGUAUUAUCGCCUGACUCCCCAACGCCAUACUAACCUUGGAUAGCCGUUCUGGGACCCCACCCGCUAUAGAAUCGCAUCAUGACGCAUUUUGGAUCAAAAAUACUAACUGGGCCAAGGGUGAUGUCUUCAAUCCACCCACCUAUGCCCAUCACUUGAAGAAUACCAAUGCCGUCGUCCACAGCAUUGGCGUCCUUUUCGAAAACUCGUCAUACAAGAAGCUUUUGCACGCCAAGAGAGAUGCAUCAGCGUCUGUCUUAGGCACCUUAUGUGAGAACAGAAAGGCCGUUUCUGCCAUGUUCGGUGGUGCCAAUCCAAUGGAGAAGAGCGCGACGAAUUCGUACGAGGCGAUGAACUACCAGUCUGCUAUCACCCUUGCUGAAACUUUGGCAGAAUCAAAAACUGAGAGUAUAGCAGGAGAAACCGCCGCGAAGCCAGUGUUCAUUUAUGUGUCAGCGGACCAGCAGGUCCCGAUGGUUCCAGUGGGCUAUAUCCAAACGAAGAGAAAGGCCGAGGCAGAGCUUUUCUCCAGAUUCGGCGACAGCUUAAGAUCGAUCGUCUUACGUCCGGGCAUAAUGUGCGAUGAGCAGACUGCUUUCGACUUCAGACAUGCUGUGAAAGGCGCCGUAGACCUUGCGGGAAGUAUAGGCUCUGUAACCGGGACGUCGGCCUUUGUGAACAGUAUCGCUAGACCGGUUGUGAGCACACAGAAGGUCGCCGAAGUUGCGGUAAAAAAGACAGAAGAUGCCAGCUUUUAUGGGAUUGUUGGACUUAAUGAGUUGGUUAAGGAGUGAGGUGAAAGCUGAAUGAGACGGCAAUGUAUAUACGCAAUAUUAGUCUUUAUGAACAAGUUAUUUAAUUAUUACACAAACAGAAUAGCCGUCGCUUACGUUUUUAGCCAAACUCGCAACUACCAAUAGUUACUCAAACGAGGCUAAAUGGUUGGAAAGUAAGAUACA